GCCAAGCAGAUUUGGGUUGUCACACUUGCAAGUUUUGUAGCAUUCGGUUUGUAUCCCGAAUUCUAACAUAAUGAUUCUUUCUGUUUAGGGUCCCGAAGCUCCAGCCAAGCUCUCAGUAGAAACGAGAAUAUUAUGCAGAUCUGCAAAGAGAAGCUCAUCUCCUCUAUUAACAUGCAUGGAUGUGGAAGGAACCACGGUGAUCUGAAGGACGAGCAACAACAGCUAAGGAAAAAGAUAAACAGCAGGGAAAGGAAAAGGAUGCAGGAUCUCAAUCUAGCAAUGGAUGCCUUGAGGGAAGUCAUCAUGCCAUACUCCGCAACCCAUUGCCAGAGCUCACCUGGAAGAAAACUUUCCAAGAUUGCAACACUUCUCCUGGCCAGGAAUUAUAUACUGUUACUUGGAAGUUCUCUCCAAGAAUUAAGGAGGAUCAUUGGGGACAUGAGUGGCCCAGGGCCUAAGUUGCUUCUAGCUGGCUUGCCCCUGUUUGCGUCUCCAGGAUCUGUGUUUUUAACCCCCGGGGCCAGCAAUAACCCAGACCUCCAGCACUCUAAUAAAUAUCAUUCACUAGCCCUGGAAGACCAACCAUGCUCUGCCUUUAACUUACCAGGAGGUGCCAGUCUGUGCCCCUGUACAAUAUGCCGAUUUGCUCACUUUAUCCCAGCUAGCCUUAGCAUAAAAUCCAUACAGUUAUCUAAAUAAUCCUUGCAGUGAUACUCCUGCAUUCAAUAGACUAUGAACAUUUGCCUAAUGGACAUCAAUUUAAAGGUACUUCUUCCAGGCAUACUGGCAUGGGAAGUGUGGAUUUCGACCAUACAAAUCUCAUGGAACGCGGACAUUUACUGCGCAUGAUAGACACAUCAAUGGACAUGCCACAUUGAAAUGGACAAUGGACCUUGAAGUAGUCUUCAGCCCCCAGAAUGUUCCAGGUGUAUCGAAUCAGUCCAAGUACAAACUAUGUGCAAUUCUAGAGGGAAACAUUAAAAAAAAACUGAAAACCCCUUAGAAGGUUUAUAAAUUCUCAAACGUUUGUCAAAUGUGAAGUUGAAACUUGUUACUUUUAAAAGAAUUGUGUAUAUAUGCAAUAUCCGGGGGUGACAUUGCUAACUGUGUGUUUACUCAUACUUACAAAUGUACAGACAUAAGCAAAUGUUUUCUUUGUAAAUAAUAGUCCAACAGAUGGAGAAUUAAUGAUUUACUAAUUUAGUUUUUUUGUUUCAAUGUAUGAACAUUAUAGUUGAAUGAGAUUAAUAUAAACACCAGGAACGAAAUACUCAAAUGAGAAAGUUGGCAUUUCUCUCUCUCUCUCUCCCAUCCCAUAUUAUUUUAUUAGAACCUGUAGAUGCACAAUGGACCUUUCUAUAGAGCUUCUGAUACAGUAAUUGCAAAUUGAGUUGUCAAUCCAAAAUAUUUAAUGUCAUGCCUGGUUUUCUGAACAAUAUUUAAUCCAUGGUUGAUGUUAGUCAUUUGAUUUAUAACACUUCAAUUUAAGUACAGACACCAGGUAGCUGCUAUUGGUUGCCUAUAGCCUGAAAAAUGUGUUGUAGAACUACAACUCCCAGAAUACCUUGCUGGUAGGCUUUAGUUGUUCGACAGCCAAGGCAUCAUGACAGCAGUAGUUGUACACCACUUCAGUGACAGAUGGAGGAACUACCUGCUGGCUAUUCCUUACUUAGAUAAUCACAAUGACUUUGACAGGAUUACAUUAUUCAACGAGUUAGCUUGAUGCCCUUACCGAAAUACUUUGUGAUGGCACAGAGGGGGGUGCAGUAUGAGUCAGUGAGCACAAUAGAUGCACAGACACUUGUUGCAAGACUAAUAUGCUUUCAACCCUGACAACAGUUUGUCACACACACACGAAUGGCUAUCCAUUAACUCUUUAAAUGCUAGACGUUUGGCAAUUGUGGGUUUAGGGGAGAAAAAAUAGUAUAUAGUGGCAGGUUUGAAAAAAAUAGCUAAAUCGAUGAUAUUUUCUAAUCUUGCUAUUUUGAUACUUAUUUAGUAUUUGUCAUCGCCGCAAAAAAACUAUUUAGCUAAUACAUUACCGUAACUCAUAGAUAUUUCUCACUAAACAGUCGAAAGUUGCAAAGUGUGGGCAAAAAGUGAUAAUUUUGAAAAAUGUUACACGCAGUCACAAUUUGCUCCUCUGAAAAUAUUUUUUCACAAGGAGUUUAAUAUUCACUACAAUUCUGUGUUUAGUGAAUAUAUCCCAGAUUAUUUUACACCAGACUCAUUACUCCUGAAAAAUACACCUUUUUGUCUGUGCAGUUAUAUUAAUGUAAAUAUAGACUGGAUUAUUUACU